UUACAGUCAAAUUAUGAAUCACUUGCGUAAAAAGCCGCGCGCUCGCGAUUAGAUUAGGAAUGUCUGCACGCUUUAUCAAGAUAAUAUUUCAGUUCGUUUUGAAAAGUAUAAUGUGAUUGUGCGGUUUACUUUUACACAAAACACCGAGAGAAAGAAAGUUUCAUGUUUCAAAACAAUUCAUUUUUCACAAGUUCAAUGCAACGAUUAUUAUUCUCUAUCAAGAUAAAAUUACAGUUUCAGCUAAGAAAGAAAGAAAAGAAAGAAAAGGAAUAGAAAAAUAAUUUUAAAAAUGGAAAUCAAUUAUCCUAAUCAAUGCAUUGUGUGCAAAUCGAAAAAUAAAUUACGAUGCACCGGAUGUAAUAUGGUCUCCUAUUGCGGAAGAGAUCAUCAACUACAACAUUGGAUGACGCACAAAAAUUUUUGCCUCUCACUAACAAAAAUGCUAAAGGAAAAAAAUUUGACCCACAUCUAUGAGAAUUUAAAAAGAUCCACUUGGUUUAUGGAGAGAGAUCGAAUUAUUAACGAGGUGAGAAAAAAAUUACAACGUCCUUUAAAUAGUGAGGAAUUAUUUUUACUAAAAUCACCGAGAAUUUGUUUCGUUUGCUAUGAAGCGAAACAGGAGUUGUUGAAAAAUUGUCCCAAUUGUCCGACAACAACAUUCUGUAGUCGUCAUAAAAAUAGUUUUAUUCACCAACGUAAUUGUUCAAUAAUGCAAAAUCGUUUUGAUCUCAUAACCAGAAAAAUGAACUUCGAUUCUGAAACAUUAGAAAAUUUGAUUAAAAUAAUUGGCACUUGUACAAAUAUUCUGCAGGAUCAAAGACCGCCGAGAACAAUGAGAGAUUUCUUCGACGAAUAUCAAAGAAGCACAAAAAUUACAAUUUCCGAAAUUCAAAAAAUCUUUCUUUCCGAAACUUUCAGUAUUUCUUUGACUAUUUACAGUAUUUUUCAAAUGCUCCAAGAUGAUUCGCCAACGGAUUUGGUUCUUCACUUGAACAUCAAUGGCUCGUCGGGAAUAUUCAUUGGGAACUUUUGGGAAGCAUUUCUACAUCUUCUGACGGAUGUUAAAAUUCUAAAGAUUGUCUACAUUGAUUCUAAAGUGGAUGACAAUUAUAAUAUUUCCCUCUGCAGUGAUUGUGUAGCAAAAAAGAAAAAAUUAACAAUUGACUCAAGUUCCCUUAAGUAUGAGACAUAUAUGCGGGGGAAAACAUACAAAAAGCCGAAUUUAAUCGCCUAUUUUAAUAUUUCAAAUCCUAUGCUCGAAAACAGUGAUAACAGUUACAUAAACACGAUUAACAAACUAAACGAAAUUAACUGUCCAAUGUUGCUGACAUUCCUCACUGAGAGCGAAAUGCAACUGAUGAAGAAAAAUUUAAUAAGAUCCUCGAUAAAUUACUCGAUAAUAUACAGUGGAUAUAACGAUUUUGCCUCACUGAUGUUUCAUCAUGAACAGUACGAUGGAUCAUUGAAUAGAAGUUCUCAAUUUAUUAUCGUCUUCAAGGAUGAGAGGAGUAAUUUUCCAGAAUCAUCUCUCAAGGAAUAUUGGUCACGACAAUGUUUCUAUCCGACAAUUUGUCACAUUUGCAGGAAAGUUGAUCCACAAGUGCCGUGCAGUAGAUGUGGAAUGAUAUUCUAUUGUGGUAAUAAACAUCGGGAUCGUGAUUGGAUGCAUCAUAGGGAUGUUUGUGAAGCCACUUGUAGUCUGAUGAAUGAAAUGAAAGAGGAGAAUCAUAUUUUUCAUAAAGCAAAAUUACAACAAGGAGACUUUUGGUUGUCGAUGAGAAUCGAUGCAUUGAAGGAGGUGCAGAUCAGAACUGGACGCAUUCUAGAGGAGAGCGAGAGGCAAAUGUUCUUCUUUCCGAGAAAUUGUUCCAUUUGUCGUCAGGAUGAACCGCAAUUUUUGAUGAUUUGCAAAUGUGGGACGAUCCUCUGCCGACUACAUCGCAAGGAUCCAAAACAUCAAAAAUUAUGCGAGGAACUAUCGAUUGCUUUUCAACUGGCAACUCUCAAGCAAAAACCAUCUCUAAAAUCAAUAUUAUCCACUUCUUUGGACUCCAGCCACGAACUACCAUCAUCAAUGCAGAAUUUUAUAAAAGACUUUUGUAAACCAUCAGCCGAAAGUUCAAAUCAAAAUGCAAACAGCAAAGAUCUGAUAACAUCCGAUUUCUUGACAUCAUCAUUAACGUUGAAUUAUGCCAUUCAAAAAUUUACCAAACUCUCGAAAAAUUCACUAAUCGUGAUUCAUAUUAUCGGAGCAAAUAGAGCAGAUCUCCUGGCAAGAAGUUCUUGGAAAUUAUUAUUGUACCGUUUAAAAAAUCUAAAAACCCUAAAAGUCAUUUUCAUCGGACGAGAAAUACCCGAAUGGUCCGAAACAACUGUCGAUACAACCGAUUUCUCCCAAAUUGCUAUCAAAUACCUAAAAGUCGAAAGCCAUCCAAUCAGCUACGAUAAAUAUCAAUCAAGUAAACAAUUCAUCAAACCGGAUGUGAUAUUUGGUUGUAAUCUCAAUAUCCAUGACUCCAAUAUUGAUAUGUCGGAAUAUUAUUGGAAGGAAACAAUUUUGGCUAUGGAAAAAGUUCGAGUUCCCAUUAUUUUAACAGCUGAAAGUGAAGAGCGUGCUUUGAAGGAGCACAAAAAGAUUUCUUGUGCUUUCAAUGUUUCUUCGUUUCAAACAAAAAAUCCAUUUGCAUCACUCAGUCCAGAAAGAGAUUUCGAAACGGAUGGAAUAAUGUAUUGCAAUAGUUUCAUAAUUAUCUAUAAUGAACCGUAUCGCUCUUACAAUUUACCAAAAUCAUUGUCCGUUAAAGAACUUGACAGAAGGUUACAGCAGAAUCAAUUAAAAUCACGAGUCACUAAUAUUGACACAAUUUCUGGUGCAAUUGCAGCUUCGAAAGAAAAUUCUGAUGAAGAACUCAAGUCGGUACGAAGGAAAUCGGAAAUUCAUAAUAAAAGUAGCGAAAUAGCAAAUAAAGAAACUAGUCAAAUGAUGUCUGUUAGUUGUGAGAAUUUAACUAAUUCAAGAAUGAAUAAUUCUGAAACGUCAUUUCUAAUAAAGCAUAAUUCAUUUCUUAAGAGUGAGAAUGUAAUAUUAAGGCAGCAAUUAGAUUUAGCAAUGGCGGAAAUUGCAAGAUUGGAGGACAAAAUUAUUGAAUAUCAAAAAAGUGCAAAUGACGAAAAUCUUGUUUGAUAAAUUGAAAAAAAAAAAAAAAAACUCGCAACGAAAUAUCAAAAAAGUAUUAAUUUAGAAACGUUAUUCAGAAAACAUCUCUACGUGUUGUUAUUUGUUAAAAUAUUCAAA